CUGAUGACGUUACAGCGGGAGUAACAUCACGGACGGAGAGGAUCAGCACGUUUGUGAAUCACUUGUGACCGAGCCGGUAGGAGAAUAAAAGCUGAGGAGUUAAGUUUCAAUAAGUCGGUUAAUAUCAAGAAAAGGUGAGAAGUUGAUCAUCAAAAUAAAACCAUGCCUGCAGACAUUGAAAAAGGCAAGAAGGCAUUUGUCCAGAAGUGUGCCCAGUGCCAUACUGUGGAGAAUGGAGGAAAGCACAAGGUUGGGCCUAACCUUUGGGGUCUGUUUGGACGCAAAACAGGCCAGGCAGAGGGCUUCUCCUAUACUGAUGCAAACAAAAGCAAAGGCAUUGUCUGGAAUGAAGACACCCUGAUGAUUUAUUUGGAGAACCCCAAGAAAUACAUUCCAGGAACAAAGAUGAUCUUCGCUGGCAUCAAAAAAAAGAAUGAACGAGCUGACCUUAUAGCAUAUCUAAAGUCUGCAACUUCAUAAAGAACUCGUCUGUGCAUCUUUGCCAGUUUAUGUGUCCUGACAAACUGAUAAAAAGGCCAGGACUUGUUCUUUCAAAAUCAGGCAUAACAGCAAGCAAUCUCUGACUGGUAUUGACAUAAGUUACCAUUUUUGUUACAGCUGUACCUCUACUGUUUCUUAAAUGAUCCUUCUUUGUGAUGGACUAAAAUGGUAUCCCCUGGUUUUAACAGGUUUUUUUUUUUUUUUAAACAUAAAUUAUUAAACCAUAUAUUGUGUGUAUAGAAUGUAGGGACAGAAAGCUGUGUUUGCCUAUUGUCAGCCAGAAUGUUCUCAGUACUUUCUUGAUUUAUAAUCAAGUUGUCUUUUUCAAGAAUUAAUAUGCCUUUGCUUCCAAUUUAAUGAUACCUCAACAGUCUUUUAUUAUGUCAUAUUUGAAUUUGCAAGUUGAAUAAAAUUGACACUAAAUGUUA